AUGGUGCAAUCCACGUCAUCUACUCACAUGGAAGAAGCCAAUUUUGCAUCAGCUGGAUCACGUGGAGUGGUGGUUUCUAGUCAUUGUACUAUUGAUUCUAUUGUUGAUUCCUUGAAGGUGCAAGUGGAACUUCGUACUGAGGUAUUUUCAUCAAUUGACUCUGAUUUUGGGGGUAUAAAAGGUUGUUUUUUAUUUUCAUCGAUUUCCCUCUGCUGCCAUGUUUUCCACCAAGACUGCAUCGACCUCUGGCUCUGCUCUCACAAAACAUGCCCCGUUUGUCGUCGAGACCUUGACUCUCCCCAAGACGACCAACCUCUCAAACCCAGCGACGUCGUUGUUUCCUCAGCCAACGGCAAGAUACGUGUUGAUGAGGAACAAACUGAACUUGAACGUAGUCGUGGUCUAGGACAGGAACAUGAGGUGGUUGAUGCACACGAGGAACAAAUGUUUGUACGGUCUCAUUCCACCGGGCACUCCAUAGUUAUGAUUAGAGGGGAGGGGGAUGAUGAGGGAAAGAAUGACGAUGACAAGUACACGUUGAGAUUGUCGGAGCAUGUUUUGAGAGUGAACAGUAAACAUAAUUCUACGAGGAGCUGUGCGAGUUUUAAGGAUAUGACCAAGCUUGAUGCUCCUCUACCUUGCAGUAAUUGUGGGUUUGUUCAACCGCCAUCACCCAGUUGCUCUUCCUCCCCAACUCAUACUCAGAGACCUUAA